CGCCGUCGCCAGCUGAGGGAAGAGCCGGCUCCUCCUCCUCCGUCUUCCCCCCUCUGUCCCCUCCCUCCUCGCUCAGUCUCUCGCCGGCUCCUUCGCGCCCUGUAUGCUCCUCCGCCGCUGCCGCCGCCCUCCUCCGGCUCCUCCUCCACCGCCGCCGCCCGUUCCCUCCGGCUCAGCUCCUCCUGCCCACGGCGGUGGCGCCCUCAGCACCCAGGCUGUAUGAUCAGGCUACAGUCUUCAAUGAGUAACCAUAUUCCUCAGUUCUGUGGUGUUCUUGGUCACACAUUUAUGGAGUUUCUGAAGGGCAGUGGGGACUACUGCCAGGCACAGCACGGCCUCUAUGCAGACAAGUGAACUGUAGAAA